CUCCGAGCCGUCGUGCCUCGACCCAUCGCUGCCACCUGGCUUGCAGCCUCAUUCCAUAUCAAAGCUUCCGUUCUGAGCUAUUGCAGUAAGCUCUUUAUCUGGCGAGACCAGUAGCAGUGCUACUGCUGCUUUGCUUCUUUGACUGCCACUUUGGCUGCUUUUUCUGCUUUUGCUGCUACCUAUUGGGCGUUUCUUCCGACGCUGACUAUCAAUCUCCAUUGUUAUAUCUACCCUCGUGUCUCCACUUGACUGCUUAUUAUAUCACUUACGACUACAACCUUCCAUAUUUCGAUCUGAGAACAAGCUCUCACCAACAUGAGUUACGGCGGCUGGAGCGUCGGGGAUAUCAUACAAGGUAUCCGGCUGGCAUGGGGCAUCUACGAAGCCGUCGGGGUGGGGAUGAGAUCGGCGAAGAGUGAAUUCGCCGCAUUCCGAGUCGAAUUCAAUCUUAUCAAGUGCGCCCUAGAAAGGCUUGGAGAGGUCGCCAAAACCUGUCCCGGGGAGGAUCUCGACCUGGGGAAGGGAUAUGAUCAGACACUCUCACGGUGUGCUGACUUUAUCAAGAAGCAUGAGUUACUGAGUCAAGAGGCCAAGAUACCUUCCGGCGAAGAGACUAAGAGACGCCCUAGUUUCGGGGAGAGGAUGGUCAGUGUAUGGGACAAGGUCUCCUGGCCGAUGGAGCGUGAAGAGGCCGAGAAGCUGCGAGUAAGCCUGGAUCGAUAUGUCCAGAUUGCCAUCCUCAAGGUUACUUCCAAUACAAGAGACGUGACGAAGCAGCUGGCGAGGGAUUCAGAGCAGGCCAGGGUCGACCAUCUGGAGAUACUCAAGGCAGUAAAAACUAUGAGCGUCCAAGUCUCCUCGAUCCUUAAACGAUGUCUUCCUGACGGUGCUCCCAAUGACCCAACCCCCGAUGCGAAAUAUCUCGCCAGACUACAGCGCCGCCAUCUGUCGUCGCUACUCGACCCCCUACCAGGCCUCAACGCCAUCCCGGAAGACGACGUCCUCUCACAGUCCGAUAGCCAGGCCGCAUUGCAAAGGAUUCAGGAUAUAACAGACAGACUCGGGCACUUGGCGUUGCGGUUAGAUACCAUCGGCAGACAGAUGACGCCGUCUCCAGAGCGCAUGCAGUCUAUAAAACGUACCAACACCAGUGACAGUAUAGGUAGCGACACGACUAUCGUCGCCCCUGUUGUCGACUUGCUGAACCAGAUUGGCGAUGAGGUGCGAGAGGCUCUUGACAAGGUUGGGUAUGAGCACGUCGUCAUCCCGGGCCAGCAACAGCCUGGACUCCAUCACAGUGGAAAGUCAGCAAAGGCGUUAAACAACGCAGUGGAUGACUGGGACCAGUUCAAGGACUGGCUGCAGUUCCAGCUCGUUCAUUCUUUGGAAAUGCCCUCGGAACGCCUGGACCUGCAUCCUGCAUCUCCUGAGCUGCAUCCGCCUCCAAAGACACCUCCGUACGGCUCGUCGCCUCCUGCAAGUUCAUAUUUGACGCCGUCACCACGAUGGAUACCCCAGGACCAUCUAACAACCUUGUCCCGUCCACCGUCAAUAGACCUAAGCUCUCCCCAGUCCCCAUCAUCUGAUGUUUCAUCCUCCUGGGACCGAAGAUCCAGCUUACAGUCUGUGCAACUCACUCACCAUCCUGUCAAAGUACUAUUCCCAGACAGCCAAAAUCCCAGGAGCUCCCUCCAUUGCCCAGUUACAUGCCAGCUAUCUGUCUACUUUCACCCCCGAACCAACGAGCCAGACUUGAUCGAAGGCACAGACCCGGAGACUGGAAUCAAACUCACACACUCUCUCAAACGAGAACGCUCGUCCAGAAACACCGAGACGUCCAUGACCCCAUACAUCCGACACAGCCGGUACUCGUCCCCGCUCAGUAUUACAUUCAUGGGCUCGCACCGGCUGAAGCUCGAGCAGGAGAGCAAGGUCCACCGAUGGCACAUCUCGCCUGUCUAUAUCUGCCAUGAUAAGCAAGACUUCGAUAUGUUCCAGAGUACCCUUCUACGCCGCAGCGUCCUAUUCUGCGGCGACGUGACCUCUAUCCAGACGAGUAGUAUGAUCGAACACUGUUCGCAGGAAACAGUCCGCGUCCUACGUGACCCCAUAACUAGCUCAAUAUCCAUCCUGUACUUUGCAUCCAAUCGAGGGCAGAGUACUCUCAAGGGCUUUCUCGAUUUACCAGUAACCGAUUUCUCACUCCCCCCCAAAGCCGGUAAACCCCAUAUCAAACUCCCUCUCCAGCGCGCUCAGAAAGACGGGUUCGGCAUCCUGCGUCGAAACUCGGUGGAAAGCUCGGUGACGACUCUGUCGCAGGAGUCUCGCACGUCUCGUGGCUCGACGGGCUCGGUGUCUGAUACGCCGUGGAAGAAGGAGAAGUGGGUGGAGUUCUGCUUUGAGACUACUCGAGGGGCUGAAGCAUUUCUGAAGGCGUUGAGUCAGCCUUGAGGAUUUCCGAUAGUCACAUUCUAUUUUCCUUGUCAUUCCUUAUAUGUUUUCUUGCAUAGAUGGCGUUGGUUGGUUCUGGUUGCAUGGCGUCUUUCGAUUUUAUAGCACGAUGUAUGUAAGGUACGAUAUUGAUGAAUUACGACCCUUGUAGCAAGGUGACGUAUGGCAG